CAGCGGGGAUCUGAUGAGCUUCUUUCAUCUGGCAUCAUUAACGGACCUUUUACCAUGAACAAUUCUACUCCUUCUACAGGUGUGUAUGCUAAUGGGAAUGACAACAAGAAAUUUAAAGGAGAUAGACCUCCCUGUUCGCCUUCCCGUGUUCUCCAUCUUCGCAAAAUUCCAUGUGAUGUCACCGAAGCAGAGAUCAUAUCAUUAGGUCUACCAUUUGGCAAAGUAACUAAUCUUUUGAUGUUGAAAGGAAAAAGCCAGGCUUUCUUAGAAAUGGCUUCUGAGGAAGCUGCUGUUACUAUGGUGAAUUAUUACACUCCUGUUACUGCUCAACUUCGAAGCCAGCCUGUUUAUAUUCAGUACUCCAAUCACAGAGAACUUAAGACUGACAAUCUACCUAAUCAAGCUAGAACCCAAGCUGCACUGCAGGCUGUCAGUGCUGUCCAGUCAGGAAGCCUGGCCCUUUCUGGAGCUCCUUCCAAUGAAGGCACAGUCUUACCUGGGCAGAGCCCUGUACUCCGAAUAAUUAUUGAAAACCUCUUUUACCCUGUUACUCUGGAAGUUCUUCAUCAGAUAUUUUCUAAAUUUGGCACGGUCUUGAAGAUUAUCACCUUUACAAAGAAUAAUCAGUUUCAAGCCUUGCUUCAGUAUGCUGACCCAGUAAAUGCACAUUAUGCCAAAAUGGCUCUGGAUGGCCAGAAUAUCUAUAAUGCAUGCUGCACUCUACGUAUUGACUUCUCCAAGCUCACCAGCCUUAAUGUGAAAUAUAAUAAUGACAAAAGCAGAGACUUCACUCGCUUAGACCUUCCUACUGGUGAUGGCCAGCCAUCCCUUGAACCCCCUAUGGCUGCUGCUUUUGGUGCACCAGGUAUAAUUUCUUCACCAUACGCAGGGGCUGCUGGAUUUGCCCCAGCCAUUGGAUUUCCUCAAGCUGCAGGCCUGUCAGUUCCACCUGUUCCUGGAGCUCUUGGUCCUCUCACAAUCACGUCCUCUGCUGUCACUGGAAGGAUGGCCAUUCCUGGGGCUAGUGGUAUACCAGGAAAUUCUGUUCUACUGGUCACCAAUCUCAAUCCUGAUCUUAUCACACCACAUGGGCUUUUUAUCCUAUUUGGAGUGUAUGGUGAUGUACAUCGAGUGAAGAUUAUGUUUAAUAAGAAAGAAAAUGCCUUGGUUCAGAUGGCAGAUGCAAAUCAAGCUCAGCUAGCAAUGAACCAUCUAAGUGGCCAGAGACUUUAUGGAAAAGUGCUUCGUGCUACACUGUCCAAGCAUCAAGCAGUUCAGCUUCCUCGAGAGGGACAAGAAGACCAAGGUCUAACUAAGGAUUUCAGCAAUAGUCCUUUGCAUCGCUUUAAAAAACCUGGCUCCAAAAAUUUCCAGAAUAUCUUUCCACCAUCAGCCACUCUGCAUCUUUCCAACAUUCCCCCUUCUGUUACAGUGGAUGAUCUGAAGAACCUUUUCAUAGAAGCUGGAUGUUCAGUGAAGGCUUUUAAAUUCUUUCAGAAAGAUCGCAAAAUGGCACUCAUUCAGUUGGGAUCUGUGGAAGAAGCAAUUCAGGCUCUCAUUGAACUUCAUAACCAUGACCUUGGAGAAAAUCACCACCUCCGAGUUUCCUUCUCAAAAUCUACAAUCUGACUUUUCUGUGAAUUUUCUCCUAAAACUGGACCAUAAUUUCAGUAAAACUUACUUCAGACAUAGACUGAAGCAGCUCAAGACCAAUUCUGCCUCUUUCACAAAAAUAACUCUGAGUUUGAUAUUCAAGUAUAUUUAAAAACAAGGGAUGUUCUUUUUUCUCUUUUCUCCCCCUGCCAAUCAAAUGUUUUUCUUUUGUAUCAAGGUUUGUAUGAAAAUAACCUUCAGGAAGAAAAAAUCAGGAAAAAAUACUUUUCAGUAAUUUAAUUCCCUAUGUUAAAUCAGAUUUCAAGAAGAUGAACUUUCUUUUAGUUUGGGUUCUUAUCAGCCUUAUACAUUUCUAAACUCCUUUGUACUUUUGAAAAAUUUAAACAUAUGGACUUUUAAAAUUACUUGAUGUAAGUAAUUUAAAUGACUUAUGACCAAGUUAUUAACCUUAGGAUUCAGAAGUUCGACCCUUGUAGAAAAUUAUGUUUACUUAUAAAUUGUAUCAGAUAUUUGCCAUAUUUUGAUGGUUGUUAUACAUAAACACAUUGAGUUGUAUUGGGAGCAGAUUUAUAAACCUGCAUGUUUUCUUUGAA